AUGCAAUCAAUACACCGUUUGACUCGUCAAGCCUUGUCCACUGUAUCGUCGCCAUCCCCAGAUGAUCCGAUCUGCGAAUGUUUCGAUGGUGACACUGGGAAGCUCAUUACAGCUCUCCUUCAGAACACGGACAAUGCUCUUGCCCUCGCGGACAGUAAACUACGCGUGUUUCCAUUCAAAGACGUGAAGGAUUGCUGGAGACGGCUCUAUACAGACGCUAGCAUCGUAAAAGCAUGCUACGCAAUAGAAAAACAUCUACGUGACGAUGACAGCAGUGAGGUGGAUUGCCGUAAAUUGGAGAAACGAGAGCCGCAAGAAUUUGACAGCCCGACAUCGAAAGGCGGGCAACACCAUAGAUAUGACAUGAAUGACCGCACGAUCAGGCCGAAUUCGCUGUGGCUGUCACCUGUUAUCCAUACCCUGGAUAGAGCACUGAUCAUGACCCGCGCUCCGCGUAGAGAAUUUCUGGUUGAAUCACUUAUUGCAUGUUUGCAGGACAUGACAGAUUCUCAUUCCUCGACAAGGCCAUUCGCCCUCUUCUUUGGCAAACUCAACCUGUUCAAGGUCCACUCUGAACUUGAGCAAGAGGAGCAGCCACCACGAAAACGCAGUAAACUAAUAACUUCCACUCUGUUCCCCCCAGACAUAGCUCCCGCUCCACGCCUGGAACGUCCAAUUCGUACUGUCACUUGCCCAUCCCUCGAACAUUUCAUAGAGCAUAUGAACAAUGUUCGCACACCACUAGUCAUCGCGGAUGCAGUGAGCCACUGGCCUGCGCUCUCGACACGGCCCUGGUCGUCUCCAGAGUACUGGGCCCAGCGGACGUAUGACGGCCGGAGACUGGUCCCCGUCGAAGUGGGCAGGUCCUACACUGAUGAAGGAUGGGGGCAGCGUAUCAUCCCAUUCGGAGAGUUUGUGCGGGACUAUCUAUGGAGGGUCGAGAGUAGUGGUCAGGAUUCAGGUGACGGAAAGGAGAAUGGUGGUGAAAAUUGCCAUGUAGCGAAUACUGGGGAUCGUGUAGACAGAGUAGCAGGAGGCCAGACGGGCUAUAUGGCACAGCAUGAUUUACUGGCGCAGAUACCUGCGCUGAGGAAGGAUAUCUGUAUACCAGACUACUGCUAUACGGAUCCGCCAACGCCGGAACCCGGAACGCCCUUGCAUGACAAAAGAUUGCGCGAGAGACUGGCUCGAGAUAAAGACGAACAGUCAAAAAAGAGUAGCAGGAAUAUUUUGGGUGAUCCAGAGCAAGAUCAGGAUCAAGGUGGGAAGUCUACAGACAGCGGCGAUGAUGGCGGGGAAGCGAUCGAUACCAUCUGUGAUCCAGUCAUUAAUACAUGGAUAGGCCCCUCGUGGACGAUAUCCCCAUUACAUCAUGAUCCGUACCAUAACAUCCUCGUGCAAGUUGUCGGACAGAAAUAUAUUCGGCUCUACUCUCCCCAUACACCCGCAUCGCAAAUAUAUCCUCGCGGUAUGGAGGUUGUCAACCCCGCCUCCUCUCCACAGCAACAGCAGCAACAGGAAGACAAAGAAACAGACACUGGUGCGCCGACGCCGGCACCGACGCAACUUCAGCAAAUUGACAUGUCCAACACCUCACAAGUUGAUCUUGCGGCCAUCGAACUGUCCCCCGCUGAGUCUGAGACCUGGGAGUCGAUGUGGCCCGGAUUUUCAGAUGCAGAGGACAGGAAGGCGGGGCUUGUCCAAAUCCAUUCCCAAACGCCCAUCAGUGAAAAUUAA